CAUCGUCAUCAUCCUUUGACCCCCCUCGUGGCUCGACAGUGGUGUGCCCCCACAUAACGUAAGCCAGCAGAAACGGUAUACAAAGCCAAACAAAGCCCCCGAACGCCCCGCAACCCCUGUCGCCCUGCCUACAACCCUUUGUUCCUUCCUUGCCCCUGCCCUGCCCAGUUUCCACACACUUUGUCUGCCUGCCCACCCCACCACUGUCUCCACUUCAACUUGCAUCCAUCCAUUGUCGUUUUCAAUCAACGUCUUUACCCGUCACCACCCGACUUGACCCUUGCAGCCGCAGUCCCAACCCGCCUCCACUUGCAUUCCCCCCUGGCCAAGCACAAACCUCCUCCUCACGUUCAAUCAUCGCCCAUGGCCAUGUUCAAGUACCUCCAAGAGGACACGGGUAGGACCCAAAGCAAGAAAACGAAGUGCCAGAGAGCAUGCAAGUUUUGCCGAAAAAGUCAUACCACCUGCGAGGACACGCGCCCGUGUCAACGAUGCAUCAAACGGGACAUUGCCAACCUAUGCCUGGCGGAUGAGGCGGAGCAGCUGGCAGAGCAGGCCGAACAGCAAGCUCAGCGCGCAAGCAUGAGCGGCGGGCCAUCAGCUCCACCAGACGGCAUGUCUAGGCGCCCCUCGAUCCCCGCCAAGCGACGAACGAGCUACGGCCGGUCAGGAGAGGAGGAAGGACCAACGCACAAGGCGCACGCGAGUGGAAGUGGGCGCACCCCCUCGCCAUCCUCCAACCCUUCCAACCCAUCGCUGAGCGGCAGCGGACGGAUGAACGUUGUUCCUCUCCCGGCUAUGAUGCCGCCCGGUGAGGGCUACAGGCACAUGUCCUUUGACGACGGCAGCGGCGCACCGCCCGUGCCCGGCGCACCGCCAAUCGAGCGGCCCAUGGGGUGGUACGACCCGCAGUUCCAAGGCCUGCAGAAGAUGCCCGACAUGGGGACAUCUCCAACCUCGGCCCCGACGCCAGAGUUGACGUGGUCGGCGCUCGUCGAAGGGAUGCUGCACAACCAGAACCCAGCUGCCGCCGCCGCCGCAGCUGCGGCUGCGGGCUUCCCUCCCGGCGUCGGUCCCCAGACACCAGGCUUCUCGAGCUGGCUCGAAGCCAACAGCGCCGCCGCGGGCGUACGCAGCGCCGGUGUGCCUGUUCCGAACGGACGUAUCCCCAACGGUGGCGUCGACUACCACCAGCCCAUCGACUUUGUCAACCCGGCUCUGGGCUCUGCGGUCGCGUCGUCCCCGUCGCACCCCGAUUUCCGGGCCACCCACACUCCGUCGUCAGUCUCGCCAGGUGACGUGAUGGACGCAGCAGCAAUCAUGCCCUACAACUACACGUAUGCGUACUCGCGUCUGCGGACGUGGGCAAACGAGCAGUCGGACCCGACACUCCAGGCGCGCGUCGCCAAUGCGACAAAUCAGUUCAAGGCAGUGCUCCACGGCGUGCUCUCCCAGCUGGGAGAUGACCAGAUUGUCGCCAUCGAGGCCCAGUUCUUGACAUAUGUUCGUGGAUGGCUCACAAUGGCCGACAUGAUCCCCACGCCAGCAAUGGUCUUCCGCCGAACGGGCGAAAUCAUGGGCGUCAACCAGCGCAUGUGCCGGCUGCUCGAACUACAGCCCAGCCAGCUCAGGACGGGCAAGGUUACGAUUUACCAUGUGCUCGACGCGAGCUCGUUCACGCGCUACUGGGAAGACUAUGCCGCACAGGUUCUCCAGAACAUGGUCGAUCGCUCCACAUUCGACGUCACUCUUCCUGUCGCCUUGCUCCGGAGCGGUUCCCCGGAACUGACCCACAUCAUGUCGUCGCAAAUUGUGUUCGACUCGUUUGGGCUCCCAAUGAUUGUCACUGCCGUUCUAUCGCCAAUGUCGCUCCCUCCUCGGGAUCCACCCGUUCAAGCAGUCGACGUGCCAGUCAACUAGCGGCGAGGAGGGGAGAUGGCCACUUGGAGCGCAGCAGCAGGGAGUGAGCGAAGGGAGGCGGUAUCGCCCUCGUCAAUGUAACAGUUUCUUCCUCGUCAAGUACAGAACACGAUUCAUGUAGCUCAGCGAGAGACCCGGAUAUCAGACCGAAUACAGUUGUACUUUUCUUUCUUCUCUAUUGCACAGGAAUGUAGAUCUCGGCCGUGCCAUGCCAGCUUUGGAC